GAAGAGGUUGAGGCGAACUCGGCCUCUGUGUUAAGACCUUCACGAUGAGCGAUGAUCCAGCAUACUUCCUAGUUCCAGCUUCGAGUGGUCUCUGCAUACAGCUCAAGAAUGGCACAAUUUACACCGCAGAGCCGAAUGGCAGCGACGAACAGAAGUGGUUCAUUGAGAAAGGCAAUGAAGGCCAGAUCGCUUUUCGGAAUGGCAAAGAUGGCCAGUAUCUGCGUGGCGUGAGUGGCGGGAAAGGUGCAAGAAUCGUGACAGGCCAAAAGCAAUCUUGGAGUCUCGAGAGUAGCAACACGCCCAAUGCUUUCUGGAUCAAGUGUGUAGACUUUCCCAACGCAUAUCUCUGCAACAGUUACGGCAAAUGGUCGAUCAAUAACCUGAUAUACAUGUGGGCUCACGAGUUGCGUUGGACGCAGACGAUGUUAUGGUACGUCUCGGACUUCGGUACCUGGGAGGAGCACAAGAAUUCGAAGCCUGGGUUUGAUCCAAGUAAGCCUGGGUUCUCCGAGUUAGCAGCGAAGGAGAAAAGUGUCGAAGACAAACAGAAGAAGCUUGAGGCAUUGGAGAAAGAACUCGCAGAAAAGCAAAAGCAACAAGAAGCAAUGCAGAAAGAGCUAGAAGCCAAAAAAGAGAAGCAGGAAGCUGAAGCAGAAGAAUUGCAAAAUCAGCAGAAAGCUGCCGAGUCAGCGAGUUCGACCAAAGCUGAAGAAAGGGAGAAGGAACUUGCUGAGAAGUUGAAGGAACUCGAUGCCAAAGCAAAAGAGCUGGCCGGUAAGGAAGAGCAGCUGG